CUAUAUAUGUCCCGUUUAUUCACAAAUUUUAGAACAACAGUCGUUGACUAAAUGUUUAGGUGCCGCCUGCUUGAAUAAUCAGAUAAGUUCCUUCUUAUAACCACAGCUGACAUUCCGUGGUAAGAUGGGUAGUGAUUUGGUUUUUAAUAAGAAGUGCUUUAACUACAUUAGUCAUUGUAGGCUCAUUAGGCUAUCGAUCGAUUUAAUUUUUUGGUCAACAACUCAACAUUGGCACUCAAACGACAGUGGAUAUAUUUGGUUACAUGUGAUGAAAGCUUGACAAAUAAUUACGAUUUGAAACUUGUACUUUUAGCGCUAUACUUAAAGAAAAAUUUAGCCGCUUUUGAAUAAGGGUGUAAAAAUCCUCGCAUGUCAUAGACAUGAAGAGCUGAUAAACGUCAUUUAAGGUUUUUUUCAUGGUAAUUUAAUUUCGUCGUAUCUUUUUACCUGAAAUAUGUGUUAACAAGUAGCCAGUCAUGUGUAAGUUUUAUACGAAUACUUUAAAUAUGAUUUAUGUAAAUUUACGAGUGAAAUUAUUUAUGAAGUAGAAAAGUUUAGGCAAACAAAUCCUCACUCAUAUACACUGUUACACUAAGAUACAUUUUCAGUGUCCUGAAGAAAACUAUCAUGCUAUGACUGAUAAAAAUCGUCCCAAACGGAUUACAUUAGAGACCUAUAAUCUACUGAACAGUCAUAUAUUUGCAAUCAGAAGUUGUAGGAUUACAUGAAUGACAACAUAAAGGCAAUGGGGAUUCUUGAAGGUUACUGUGCAUCACUUAACAAGUUAAGUACUUUACUAACUGAUCCGUAAUCAAUAGAUAUGGUAAAAGGUUUAUGACUUGCUAUAUUAGUCACAUUUAUUCUCGAUGACUGGGAAUAUAUAAAUACAAAUAUUCCCGAAUAACUAGCAUGCACAGUAGCAUUAAACAACUCAAGUGUAAUAGGACUGAUUUGAAAUGACUGAACUGAAAUUGGAAUAACACAAAAAUUAAACCCCCUUGUAGUUGAUUUGAAUUUAUGUUGACACUGGCAUUUAGAAUCACCAGCAGUUGUAUUAAAAUGGAUAUAACACCGGCUAUGGGAUAACCACAAGUUUUAUCCUAGUGAAGUAAAUCAAGGACUGUGUUAGACUGAUUUAAUCUGCAUUUCAUUGAAAUAGAUCUUCCUUGUUCAGAGUGCCAAUUUUUCAGUGUCAUAAGUACUUAUACAUCGAUAUGAUUAAUAGAUAGAUAGAUGGAUAAACGGUCAGUCAAGAAAAGAAAUAUUGGAAAGAUUCACAUAUAAAUCACUUGAAUUAAUUAGACAACUGAAUAUAAGUUAACCAACGGAAUCGAAUUAAUUCAUCUGACAGUUACAUGCUUGAUCAGAUAUUGUAUUCCAAAAUUAGUAUGCAUUCAUUUUCAUUUAACAUGUCUGUGUUUAAUACCAUAAAGCUAUAUGAUAAAUAAGUGGGGAACGGGCAUAAUGGAACUAUAAAAGUGAUACUAAUAAAACAAGUCUAGUUAGAACAUGGAGAGAAACGAAAAUGAGAAGAGAUUUGCAAAUCUAUGCGCAUUCAACAAAUUGGUUAUAGGCAGCACAAUAUUCUCACACAAACGCAUAUAAAAAGCUACAUGGAUCUCACCGGAUCACAACACAGAGAACCAGAUAGAUCGUAUUUGUAUCAAUAAAAAAUUCAGAAGGACGAUGGAAGAUGCGAGAACCAGGAGAGGAGCUGAUAUGGCUUCAGAUCACCAACUGGUUGUUUGGGCCAAUAUCAAACUGAAGCCAAAGAAACUAGACAACUGGUGGAACAGCAUUACAAAGGUUCGACACAACCUUCCUUCGAGAUACUAAGAAACUCAACGAAUUCAAGAUAACUCUCAAAAACAGGUUCCAGGAAAAUUUGGGAGGAAGAACAAGUGCCACCGACAAACUGGAAAGAAGGAUACCUCGUCAAGAUACCAAAGAAAGUAGAUCUGAGCAAAUGUGAGAAAUAUAGAGACAUCACAUUACUAUCAGUACCAGGAAAAGUUUUCAACAGAGUUUUUCUGAACCGAAUGAAAGACUCAAUAGAUGCCGAACUUUGAGAUCAACAUGCUGCAUUCCGUAAGGAUCGGUCGUGCACAGAUUAAAUCGCGAGACUACGGAUCAUCGUCGAACAACCAGUUGAGUGGAAGUCGUCACUAUACAUUAACUCCCUUGACUAUGAGAAGGCAUUUGACAGUAUGGACAAGAGAUCAUUAUGGAAACUUCCUCGACACUAUGGAGUCCCCAAGAAGAUUGUCAACAAUAUCUGAAACUCACGGCGGACAACCGUGCAAAGUCGUGCAUGGAGGACAGCUGACAGAUGCAUUCUAAGUAAAGACCGGAGUCAGACAAGGCUGUCUACUCUCCCCCUUUCUAUUUCUUUUGGUGGUUGACUGGAUUAUGAAGACCUCGACAUCUGCGAGAAAACACGGAAUACAAUGGACAGCUCAGAACCAAUUUGACAAUUUGGACUUUACAGAUGAAAUAAGUAAGUAGGAAACUGUUCAGUGUUAUGAACGUGGCAAACUUUUAGCCGAUAUUAGAAUGAUUUACAAAAAUUUUAUUGAAUCUCUACCAAUCAAAUUCUCGAGUUUAUUCACUGAAUUAUUCUGUCAAGAAAUACUAUGUCAAAAAACUUUACAACUGAAUGAACAACAUGUCAAUGAAACUAUGAAUAUUUUUCAUAAGAUUAAAGCGAUGUGUGAAACGAACAAAACAUAUAAAAUGGAAGAAAAAGGCAUUGCAAUUAAGCUUAAGGCUAAAUUAAGUGAAGCAUCAAUGAGAGAAUAUUUACUAAGUGAAUUUAAACAUUAUUAUACAAAUCAACGGAAACAUUCUAAAGACAGGUUGGAAAAUAUGAAAAACAACUACAAAUUAUGGAACAAUUCGUUGAAAGUACUUAAUUAUCAUACAACACCGUCGCAACGAUGUGGCAGUGAGUGGGACUCUUGGCCGUAGCAGGGCGUUUGGGGGCUUGUUCUACUAACGUUUUAUGGAAUCUGCAAUGAAAAUAUAUGAUCAAUGUUUUAUUUAUGCACGGUAAUAACCUAAUUAACUUCUGUGUAUUUCACAUCUGUUAUCCAAACAACUUCUAUAACUACUCGAGGAAAUAAUAAAAAUGACUUCAAUGACAACGAUUGCAUAAUUACAAAAAUAUGAAGUUUUUUUCUCAUUCGUUAAUUUUAAAAUGAAUCUUGUAACUUACUAUCAAUUAUAGGUUUACAGUCAAAUAUCGAAUGUUCCAAAGUCAAAUAUAUCAAAUUUAGCUGUUAUAUGUUUUAAAUUACAACAGACUGUUGAAAUAUGGGGGUUUAUUGGUGCUUGGUUAAUAGAAUUAUUAAAACUAUAUGAUACAACAAUUUUGAAUCGAAUUGACAAGAUCAUAUGGAAUGAUUGGUAUAUACAUUUUGAAUCUGUAGAAAAAGAUCUUUAUAUUCAUGAUCAAGAAUGUAAACUACAUUUACAAAAACUAGAUUCUAUGUUAAAGAGUCUAGAUACAUACUUUAAACAUGACAGACUGAUGAAUACACAGAACUGUUUAAAUGAUCUAUUAGACUUACUGUCAAAUUUAUUAGAAGUCAGCAAUGAGUGUCUAGAUUUAUUCAAUGGAGAGCGUGUAUUAAAUAUUGAAGAAAAACUUGUAACAAUUGACCAUAUCCAAAAUUACUGGUUUGAAAUGUUUUAUCAGUCGUCUCAUUGUGAUGAAUUAAUGCUUGAAGACUCUACAAAUUAUGAAAAAGAAAUAACUAUACAAUUACAAAAAGAGCUUACAAAUAUGAUCGCUAGUCGUCGAAUUCAAUUACAUGGUGAGAAUGGAAUUGUACAACUUUUAACUAAAGUUAUUAGAAAUAUUGAAGAUUUUAUUCGAUUUAUUCAAUUCAAUACUGAAAACUAUGUAAAUAAUAAAAAUUCAAAAACCUAUUCACCUUUAGGAUUAAAUAAUCAAAGUAAAAUUACUACGGACGAAUUAGAAUUACACUGUAAAAAUCUUUGCCAACAAUAUGAUUAUUGGAUGGAAACUAUUAAAAAUAUACUUCAUUGUAAAUGGCAAAUAUAUGACAAUGAAUUACCAUCAAAACAAAUUAGUAGACCUCAUUCAAUCGAUGAAACAUGUACAGUUGCAUUUGAUGAAUGGAAUCAAAUUAAUGAUAAUAAAAGGAGAAGUUUAUUUAAAUGUCAACAAAAUCUAAUUAAAUGGUUGGAAUUAAUCAAGAACAGGGUGAAUAGUAUUAGUGAAAUGAGAAAUGAACAAAUACUAUUGGAACAAAUUAAUAUAAUACAACAAUUGAAUAAACAAAUUACAAAUAACAAUACCAAUGAUGUAAAUGGUCAGCGAAAUUCACCUUUUGGAAAUAAUUCAAGUAUACAGAAUGAUCAAUUAAAUAAACAAAAUCCUAAAUUGAAAAAGAAUAGUUUCUAUGAAUUGACAAAAUCAUUGUUUAAAUUAGGUUCACGAGUGAUUAAACAUUUAGAUCAAAAAAAUAUCUGGAUUUCUUAUGAUCACAAAACAAUGUUAUCCAGACUGAAUUCUUUCAAAUUAUAUGCGGAGAGAUGGAUUGAAUACUUGAAUAAAAUAGAAAAUUUUAACGAUACACAAACAUUUAAAAAUGUGAAGGAUUAUUUAAAUGUUCAUUCAGGAUCUAGAAAAUUUAUAGGCGUAUACAACCAGAGUAUUAUACGAUAUUUACAAUCAACCGAUGGAACUAUAAGAGAACAUUUAUUAGCUAAUACAAUUGAUGGUCAAUCAGUUCAAAAUAAUGAUGAUACAGAAUUCAUGGUUCAAUUAUCAAAUCAUUAUUUAAUGAAUACAAAAUUGGCAUAUUUAACUUUAUUAAAACAAAAUGAAUUAACUGAAUUACUUAAUAAAACUGAAAUGACAACAAUGGAAUUUGAUAAAGAAACAACAAUUGUAGAACAACAAUGGAUACAUUUGUGUAACACUAUUGAAUCCUUACAAUAUCAAUUUGAUAUGAAACAAAAUGAAUUAAAAAGAUUAAAAGAUAUAUUACAGAUAAAAAUGGAAGUAUUAAGUGAAUAAGAAGAAGUUAUUCUUGAAUGAUUAAACAGUUGAUUACGAUUAUAUGAUAAUAGUGAACAUACUACUUAAUAUAUUUUAUGCUACUUGUUUCUUUUUUUUAAAUUAAACACAUAAACAUUACAG